AUGGCGUCUCACCAGCAGACGAGGAUCCAAGCCUACCUGGAGAAGAAUAAGAUCGGUCCCCUCUUCGAGGAGUUGAUGACCAAGCUGAUAACGGAGACACCUGACCAACCAAUCCCAUUUUUAAUUGAUCAUCUGCAGUCCAAGCAGGGAAACCGCGGUCAGCUUCAGAGAACAUUGUCUGGCUCUGCUGCCCUUUGGGCAGAGAGUGAAACAUCAGAAAAUAAAGGAACAAGAAGAGAUUUUAGAAAUUAUGAUAAGCCUUGGCAGGUAAAUGCAAAAAAGCCUAAAAAGUCAAAGAGCGACCUUGCUGUGUCCAACAUUUCUCCACCAUCACCGGAGUCCAAGUCAUUGCCAAGGUCAAUAGAGCAUCCUAAAUGGGAUUGGAAGACAAAACCGGAGAACCAUGAUUUUGAUGAACUAAAUCAUAUUCUUCAAGAGAGCAAAAAGCUUGGAAAAGCCCUUGAGAAUCUGUCUCGCAGCAUUGCUAUUUCUGAUGAACUUGAUAAGGACACAGCAGGUUUUAAUACUCCCCUUCUCAGACCUCGUGUUAUUGGAGAAUGGAUUGGCCGUGAAGAGAAUGAUGCAGACCCUCUGGCUGCUGAGAUGCUGCAGCCACCCAUACCAAGAAAUAAAAAUGAGCAGUGGGACAGUGAGGAUAGCAGCAGUCCCGGAGGAAGCUUAAAAAUGGAGCCAAAGACCAAAGGAUUGAAACAUCAACAGCAGCAACAUAAGAAACUGCUGGCUGCCAUGCUUUCUCAGGACUCCUUUGAUUCUGCUCAAAGCACAGCUCCAUCUGUAACCGAAGAAGACAUUGACAAUGAAGAUGAUGCAAUGGAACUACUGGAGGAUCUUGAUGAUCUCAGAAUGGAAGGAGUAACAAGUGUGGUGUCUUCUGGGAGCAAAUUCAAUCAAACUCGAAGUGCUCAUACGGCUGAGCCUCAAGCAAAGGUCACAUUGAAUAUAUGUGCAAGAUGUGCCAGAUUGCAAGGGGAUAAUUUGGCAGAAAGGCCAGAAGAUGUCUCCAUGGUAUCUCAGACAUCUGAGCCAGCAGUGUCAGACUCUGAUGCUCAAGUACCUGGGGUUGAAACACUCACAGAAGAUAUUAAUGAGUUUCAGAGUGCUUCUCAAGUGGCAGCAUCUUCUCAGACAGUUUGGACCUUGGAUGCCAUGACUGUUAGACCUGGAGGUUCCCCAAGACAGAAACUCCUAAAGGACUCCUUAGCAGCAAAAGAACUUCAGACCAUGGAAAAACACCUAGCUGACAUUGAGAAGGACCUCGCACUGUGGGAAGAAGCAAGGCUCUCAAGAAGCCCUGGUGUCCAGCAUCCCAGUGUAGUUACAUCUGACCAUCAAGGCAACCUUCAAGCUGCACAGGGCCCAACCCCAAGGCCUCAGGUGCCAACUCCAACAGGGAAGAACAUUCAGCUCCAAGGAAGCAAAUCACCACCGCUACCCACUAACAGCAGAACACAGGUCUCCAGUGUCACAAACAGCAGUGCACAAACCAAGAGGCCAUCAGCUCCAGGGAGCAGACCUAUGACCCCAAAUAGCUUGUUGUCACGGCCUCUUACCCCUAGCAACCAAGGAAAUAGGGAAGGCAUUAUUAGCAUGCAAAGAAGCAGAUCUUUGUCAUCUAAGAGCCAAAUGGGGAGGACCCUCAGUGCUGCUUCAGGGCUUUCUGUGCAAGUGAGUGGAGAUGUUGUUGGAACUGUCACUACUCAGAGAAACAGUUUAUCAGAAGAUGAAUUCUUACAACAGCUUCAACUUGCUCAUCAACCUUGGAUAUUGCCGAGUGACACAGAAAGUGAAGGAGUGGAAGCUGACCAAGACAAAUGUGAUGUACUUGAAAAAGAACAGAUUAUUUAA